AUGGACCCAUCGCCUUCGCCUACCUCCGAUCCAUCCCGACCUGCUGACACGGACACGUCAAUCUCCACCACCACGACCCCUCCCAAGCAUGUGCAAUUCAAGAGAUUUUCCGCGGAGAGUAAUCGCGACAUGGCAGGAAUAAAGUCAAGUUUGGACAAUGAUACCCUCGAUGAACAAUCACCACUGUUACCCGCACGCUUGAGUGACGAUGUAGGACCCGUUCCUUCCCUCUCCACCGUCAUGAGCCCCGAUGAUAGUAGUCAGGGCGAGGCAUGGAAUGUCGAUGGAGGGAAACAAGAAGAGAGCAAGAGUAGUUGGWACCUCCUACUCUUGACCAUUUCAAUCGGCGGCCUCCAACUGGCCUGGUCGGUGGAACUCUCCAAUGGAUCUCCCUACCUCCUCAGCUUAGGCAUCUCCAAGAGCUUACUGGCCAUAGUCUGGAUCGCCGGUCCUCUCUCCGGUGUCUUGGUCCAGCCCUAUGUCGGAAUCAAGUCCGWUCGAUGUCGAUCUCGCUUCGGCAAAAGACGCCCUUUCAUGGUUGGAGGAGCUGCUGCUACCAUCGUCUCUCUGAUGAUCCUGGCCUGGACAAAGGAAAUCGUCGGUGGCUUCCUCUCAAUAUUUGGCGUGGAUGCUGCAAGUCAAGCGGUCAGGAACUGCUCUCUCGUCCUCGCUAUUGUCAUGGUCUACAUCCUCGAUUUUGCCAUCAACGUCAUCCAAGCGGCAAUUCGAGCCUUCAUCGUUGACAACGCCCCAACCCACCAACAAGAUGCCGCCAACGCGUGGGCCAGUCGAGUUUCGGGGAUGGGGAAUAUCAUAGGCUACCUCUUUGGAUAUGCCAAUCUCCCAAAGUACAUGUGGUUCUUCGGAAACACACAAUUCAAAGUCCUCUGCGUCAUCGCCUCGCUGGGUUUGACCAUCACUCUAAUCCUCACCUGCUCAUCCAUCUCGGAACGCGAUCCUCGAUUGGAAGGGACUCCUGCAAAGGAAGAUUCCGGAGUGCUGGCAUUCUUCAAAUCUCUCUUCCGGUCCAUCCAACGAUUACCCUCCCAAAUCAAAGCAGUUUGUGUAGUCCAACUGGCAGCGUGGGUGGGCUGGUUCCCCUUCCUGUUCUAUAUCACCACCUACAUUGGAGAGCUGUAUGUCGAGCCCAUCUUCCGCGCCAAUCCCAACAUGACCGAUCAGGAGAUUGAUCAAGUUUGGGAGCACGGUACACGGGUGGGAACGUUUGCAUUGUUGAUCUUCGCCAUCGUCUCCUUCACCUCCAGCGUCGUCAUCCCAUGGUUUGUGUCCAAAACCUACGAACCUCCCGCUCCAGCUCUCCGCACACCAAUGCUCACCCCUGGAACACCCACGGCAACCACCACUCUCGCCGCCUCUUACUUCACCUCCCGAUCCGAACCCUCCGAUCUCUCCACCAGCGAAUCCUCGCUUAAAAAAUCCGCCUUCCACAACUUGCCUCUCAUCAAACAGACGCGAAAACUCAACCUUCAAAUUCCCUGGCUCACGCUCAAAAGAGCCUGGCUCCUCUCCCACCUCCUCUUCGCCCUCCUCACCUGGCUCACCCUCUUCACCACCUCCCCAACCAGCGCCACUAUCCUGGCCGCCCUCAUCGGCAUCCCCUGGUCUUUAACCAUGUGGGCGCCCUUUGCCCUCAUCGCCGCCGAAGUUUCCAAACGCGAGAACAUCCGUCGCGGCCUCUUGCGCGCCCCACCCACCCGCGAUGGAGAAUUACUCGCUCGUGGGGAGGACGUCAGUGCGGGUGCCGAUCAAGCGGGAGUCGUAUUGGGAAUUCAUAACGUCGCGGUCGCGGCGCCGCAGGUUUUUGCCACGGUGGUUAGUUCGGGGAUUUUUUGGAUGUUGCAGAAGGAGAGGGGGAGUGGGGAGGGGGAUGAUAGUGUGGGGUGGGUGUUGAGGUUUGGGGGGUUGGCGGCGCUUGGGGCUGCUUGGUUGAGUAGGUAUGUUAGGGAAGAGGGGGAGGAGGAGGGGGUUGGGGGGAAGUUUUAA